AUGCCGAUCGCCAUCCCACCUCCCCAAUCCGAAGACGACUCUGUCCUCCGCCUCAUCUCUCUAUCCGAGUGUGCCAACGACGAGGCUCUGGCUAAACAGCUUCUCGCAGCCGCCAACUCGGACGGAUUCUUUUACCUGCAAGAUCACGGUAUCCCUCAAGCGUUGAUUGAUGGGGCUUUUGGAGCCUCGAGUUCGUUCUUUCUAGGAGCGCCAGAGGGCGAGAAGGUAGCUGGCAAUGGGGACAUGGGAUAUACCGCUCCACGCGUCACUGAUACCUUGCAUAGCCUGUCUUGGUUCAUGCCUUCCUCCGGCGACUAUAAAGAAUCCUUCUUCGUGACCGACUCUUCUUACAUGUCGGCACACAAUCUCCACCAACAGCUUCCCCCGACACUCGAGGAGAAGAGAGAAUUGUUGGAUCAAUUUGUAAAGGCUUGUGGGGAGACGGCAAAGAGGAUUCUGAGGGGUUUGGCGGUGGCUUUAGGAUGGGAUCGCGAAGCUCUCGUCAAGUAUCAUAACGGACAACACAAUCGUCUGCGUCUCCUUCACUACCCACCCGUCUCAUCCGACCACCAGCCAGCGGACCCCAAUGUUCCCGAUAUCCGCGCCGGCGCCCACACCGACCUCGGUUCCCUCACCCUCCUCUUCCAACAUCACAUCUCCGGCCUUCAAGUCUCCCGACACGGUCAAUGGCUCGACGUAGCCCCGAGGGAAGGAUGCGUGGUGGUCAAUAUUGGGGAUGCUUUGGAGUUCUGGUCGGGAGCGAGGUUGAGAUCUACUAUCCAUAGGGUUGUGAUGCCGCGUACACAGGCAGAACAGGCUUCGCGUUUCUCUAUCGCGUACUUUAUCCAACCCGACGACGAAACAGUCUUGGAACCCCUCGGCCACAGCAAUUUUUCUGAGGAAGAGUUUGGCAACAUCAUCGAAAGCAAAGGCGUGCCGAGGGAUACGAAGCGCGUGUUAGGAGGAGAGUAUAAGGCUAUGAGGGUCAAGCGGGCGCAGAGGGCAACGAGGUGA